ACGGCUGUUAAAGACCAGAAAAGCCACUCUGGGAAUGGGACCACAAGAAAAACUUUGCCUUCUUUCGGGUCUUCCCACUCAGAAGACACCUCUUUAUCCAAAGGGAAUAAACGUUUCCUCUGGGCAGACGAAGGAACAGGUGUAAGAAAAUCACAAAUGGGAUAAAGUAGGGGUAUUGUUUUAUUUUAUUUUCCCUUGCCAAAUAGGCAUGAAGGCUGAGAGUCGUUUACUUACAACCAUUUUUGAAGUUGGGGAAUUAAGAAUAGAGCCACAGACUUUUAAAAGCAUUUAUGACAUGCUUUAAACGGAGGUGUGGAGAUCCUGUAGUCUACACAGGCUCUAUCCUAGAAUAAAGCAACGGAAGUCUUUUGUUGGAAAGGCUGUGAUUUCUAAAGGUGCGUCUCUGGGGCCCUGGUGUAUGGCGCAAAAAGGUGUCGGAGAAGGCAGAGAGGUUUACUGGUUUCCAUCUGAGUUGCAAUGGCAAAGUGGUUCAAGGAGUUUCCCAUCAAUCUGAAGAAUGGUACCGACAGGAUCCGCUCAGCCUCCGAAUCAGGCUCACAACCCAGAGCCACUAAAGGCGGGCUGGUGGCCAGCAUCGGUACCAAAACAACAGGCUCCAAAACGGGCCAUCGCAAAAACUCCUCUGCUGACAGCACAGGCGGAGGAGGCGGAGGAGUUGGGUCUCUCCUGUCCGGAAGAAACCGAAAGAACUCAGCCAUAGAGCUGAGUAGAAACGGUGUGAGCUCCGCGAAAGAUGGAAAAGUUUGGGACAGCCUCCUGUCUGGGAAGAGCCGCAAGAACUCCAAAGCGGAGCCGGUGUUUGAAGAGCAGCACAGACCUCCGAAGAGCUCUCCAUCUGCCAAUGCCUACAUCAACCGGCUGAUCAGAGUCGACAAACAGGACAAAAGCCCCAACUUCAACAGCGGUACCAUCAGCAAUCAAGUGGUACCUGAAGCAGAGAAACCAGCCCAGUGCAAAACAGAAACAGUGAUAAUUCUUGAGGAUUAUGCAGAUCCGUUUGAUGCACAGAAGACAAGAGAGCAAAGGCAGGCAGAGAGGGUUGGAGAGAACGAUGGUUACAUGGAGCCUUAUGAUGCCCAGCAGAUGAUUACUGAGAUCAGACGUCGGGGGUCUAAGGACCUGCUGAAGGUGUGUGUGCUGAUGGAAGGGAGUGAGGGUAUGGUGGAGGAAAGUCAGCCUGCACCCCUACAGAUAUAUGAUGUCCCAUAUGAGGGAAGUGGUGACGGUGACAAGAUGGCAGUCACACGGCCGGAGCUGGAUCCUCGCCCCUCCACCGAGUACGAGCUGCCUUGGGAGUGGAAGAAGGAGCAUAUUGUCAAAACUCUGUCAGCACAGUUUGACAGCCCUGAACGCCCAGCCAAAGAUGAGACACCUCACCCCACGCUCACCAGGCAGUCCCAACAUCUGCCAACGCAGCCACUGUCUCAGCACCAGCAUUUGAGGCAGAAAAGCUGGACCCAGAAAAUCCUGCGAUCCUCGCCCCCAACCCUGUCGCCAUCCACCACCCCAGGCAGCAGCCCUGACAGCCCUGAGGCUUGCUGGGUGGACCCCUCCCUGCCCCUGGAAAAACAGAGCUGGUACCAUGGCUGUGUGACUCGCCAGGAGGCGGAGUUUCAGCUGCAGUCCUGCAAAGAGGCCAGCUUCUUGGUCAGGAACAGCGAGUCUGACAACAGCAAGUACUCCAUCGCCCUCAAGACAAGCCAAGGCUGUGUUCAUAUCAUUGUUGCUCAGACCAAAGAAAAUGACUACACCCUGGACCAGAGCAGCUGCGUGUUCCCCAGCAUCCCAGAGGUGGUGCACCAUUACUGCACUCAGCGUCUGCCUUUCAACGGCGCAGAGCACAUGACUCUGCUGCAUCCAGUGCCUCGCAUCUACUGACUCCACCCCUGCCCACAUUAGGUAUACAAAGCAAACACCUCUGGGCCUACAUGGGCAAAAUGUCUCCAAACAUCAGUCACAACCUCAGUUUCUGAUCAAUGAAGCUCAACGUGUACUUCUACUGCCAUGUCCUUUUCAGAAAGUCUGAUUUUAUUACUUGUUUGUAUGACUCUACUUUGUGCUUUAAAAAAACAAAAAAACAAAACUAUUUUCAUCUGAUCAUCAGGAAAUAUUUGCAGCUCACUCUUUAUCUUCUUUUGUUAUUUUACUUCGAUGUUCAGGGGAUGCAAAACACCAAGGCAGCUGUUUUGCAUGUGAACAGCGGGGAAGCAUGAGGCACUUUUACUGAUGAAAUGUGACCUGGAGUUGGAUUUGAACGGGACUCAAACAUAGAUGUGAUGUUUUAAUUAUCCACCAUGGCUCUAUUAAAAGAUACAUAUGCUAUUUUUAUUAUAGUUACAAAGUAAAAUUUACUAUGAGGCAGAAAAGUACUUAAGACGUGGAGACAUGUUUGUAGCUCUCUUUCUCCCUCUGGUGGAUGUGCUGGUACACUGCACCAACUUGCCAACACAAAGAAUGUUCUUCUUUCCUUGAAGUUUAUAGCUGGUAAAAAUCCGUACACAUAAGCAUAUCAUUACACUUAUCAAGAUAUGAACAAAGACCAGCUAUUUUAUCUUAAUGCUUGCAGCAGAUUUCUAAUUUAUGAUCUUAUACUUGUCAGUUUUCUGUAACCACUGUCCCUUGAGGUUUUCCUCUGUUUUACUGUGAACGAGGGUGUUGUUUCUACUGUAUUAUCUGCACUGUGAAGAGUGAGUGAUUCACCCUGAUGCAAUGUGCUUGAAGGAGGAAUGGUUGACCAAUAGUUAGAAGAGUUAGAGCUUUUUAGAACUGAGCUUGUGUGCCAGCUAAAGAAACCUGUUCAUUCUAGGGAAUAUCUGUAAUAUAAUCUGGACAGUUAUUGUGAUUUGUGGUAAGGAAACAUUGUAAAACUGAUGUCAGACUUAUUUGGGUGUUCAAAAGUGGAUCAUUUUCAGAUAUAAGUACAAGGAAUUCAUUACUAAUAUUGAAAUAAUUGAAACAAACAAACAAAAAAAGAUUUAAAUGCAGUAUCAACAUAAAAAAGUGCCAGUUUUUUACAGUCUUUCUCUUUUUAAUAUUGUUUAUUCAGAUCCCUGUUGCUAAAAAAUAAUGCUGUUCUCCCUCAGGGUGUAAUGCCCCCUAGUGCUAAAAGGCAGGGCAGCAAACUGAGAAGUGCUAACUAUAUUAUAUUCACUGUCUUAUUUUUCUUUGUGUAUUCUGAGUGUAAUUCAAGCAUCUGACAUGGUCUGUCUUAAUUUAGGGAUAUGCUGGAAAUCAUCUGAGCAACUCUGAUGUACAACACAGCCUGAUGUUAACCAUCAGACUGACAGUAAAAUAUGGUAUAACUAAGGUUAAAAUUUGUCUUAAAGUUUUUUGGCGGUCUGCCAUUCCCAUGUCUUUUCAAGGAUUUAAGGGAGGUUGUGGUUUCUGGCAGAGCAUUCGGGCAGAGGUAAUCCAAGGAGACACACCUGCUAUACAUUUUUCACCACUGUCUUUUGAUAUGUGGAGACCUGAUGUUCAAGCAUUGUAAAGCAGAAUUUAAUAAAAAGGUCCUGAAUCUCAAUGCUGGAGAUCCCCUGUUAGCUUCUCUCUGAUCCCAAUAAAUCAACAGC